UUCCACCGCAUACGUCUAUAUCGGAUGUUUUUGCCCCAUGUGUUACGCAGAUUUGGAUGUCGAUUUGUCAGAUCUGUGUGGAAUGGACCAGCCGCAGGUUCGCGCAGGCUUCAUGCAGGCGCGUCCAGCUUCAAGUUCGCUGGGCCAAAAUCAAGGCGCUGAAGAGCGAGUUCAAGCUCGAGCGAAACAAGCAGAAGAAUCACCGGGAGGCAUUUGAGACUCCAACAGACCCGAUUCUGCAGUCACAAAUGUACACGCCGGAGGCCUUGAAGACAAAGAACUUGACCAAGUUCUGUAAUCAUCUUGUCGCCUUUGGCCUCCAAGUCCCGGAGUUGAUGGACAGAUAUGCUGCAAGGGCUGAAGAGUUGGCGGCGCAGUUGACCGCUAGUCAGUUCACUAUUAUCCUCAACGCUUUUGCUCGUGCUUCUCAUCGACAUGAUGCGAUGCUAAAGACCUUUAGCAAGCGGAUGCUACCCAAGCUGCAUAUGUUCCUGCCCAUCGAUUUUUCGCAGCUUUGCAAUGCCUACGCGAAACUACGAGAGCAUGACGAGGUACUCUUCAAAAGGCUUGCAUUGGAAAUGCCGCACAAACUGCCUCAUUUUGAAGGGAUUCACUUGUCCUGUGUCGCGAAUGCUUACGCCCGGCUGGCGAUCCGGGACGACCUCCUCUUUGAUGACAUCGCUGACGAGGUCAUACGUCGACCUCAAGACUUGAGCCAUGUCGCACUGCUCAACAUUGCAAAUGGAUUCUCUCGCUUCAAGAUUCGUCACAAGCGCUUGUGGCCAAUAAUCGGCGAAUGGCUUCUUCAAUCGCAUCUUGACCUUCAAGCCCAGGAUGUGGCAACUGCUUUCAACGCCUUCAGUGCCGUUGAUUUCAAACAAACGGAGCUUUUCCGGACUUUGCUGGUAAGCCUUUCACAGGAACCGUUGCUGUCCCAAGCAAGCCCAACAACGUUGUGUCUUACUUUCAACUCCUUGGCACGGCUCACAUGGCCGGCAAAAUCUGACGUCGAGGCCAAUGCAGCCUUGGAUGUCCUUGUGGAGAAAGUCACAUCACAGUUGCCAGCCCUUGAACCUGUGGGCUUGACGCAGUUGCUCCACGCUUGUUCCAGGAAAACCGGGUCGCACGAUGUUGGUGUUUGGACCUGCUUGAUUUGUUCGCUUCAUGCAAGGUGCAUGCGACACACUGCUUGCGCAGAUGCAUGCACUGCUUGCGCAGAGGUUGAGACAGGCAUCUUGGAACAAGCAGGGCAACAGAUCUCCAAAUUUCCAGCACAGUCAUUGAGCCUACUGGUAAAUGCCUGCGCACGACUGCAGAAGAAAGAUGUUCCAUUGCUCACGAAGGUGGCAAAGUGUGCAGCGCCACUGCUUCCGGAAUUCACGCCACAGGCGUUGGCCAUUACGGCCGACAGCUUCGCAAAGCUCGAAGUGCGUUCAGAGAUCUUGUUUUAUCUUCUUGCUGAAGAGAUCCUACAAAAGAUUCCACUUUUCUCUGGUCAAGGAAUUGGCUUGGUCUUACAGGCCUACGGCAAGUUGGGCAUAAACAAUCAAAAGCUGGCGCAAGCUUGUCGGAAGCAUGUCCGUGCUCUUUCAGACGAGCUGACCCUUUGGGAGGUCGAUGCCAUUGAGGAAGGCUUUAAAAAGAUGGGUGCGUCGGAUGGUUCUACAGUGGCUCUGCUGCAAAAGGUGCGGCAGCGGCUGGUGGUCAACACAGCUGAAGUUGAUGGCGCGUGGGUGGAGGAUGACUUGUUGGAGCGCCUGGCGAAGGAGGAGGAACUACGAAUGACCAAGCAUCGUCCGGAACAAGAUGUGGAGCCAAAGAGCAUAGCUCCGUUGCAAGAGCCUGCCCCACUGGAUUUGUGGGACAUGUGGUCCAACGCUGACAAAGCAGAUGACAAGAGCCAAGGUCAGGAUAGCUUCGCGGAUUCAGACGAUGGAACGGCCACAUCCUCUUCUCGCCUCCGAGAAUAUCUUGCGAGGCCAGAGAAAGUGGGUCGGAAGCCCAUCGUUCUGGACUCCGAGAUCCCUGGAGGUGGAGGCCGAAAGCAUCGUCGCCGUGCAAGGACAUGAGUCGAAGAAAAUUGGAGCGGAUGCGAUGCCGUUGAAAUGCCAGUCUUGGCUGUUGAUCAAAACCCAAAUACGAAAUUCACAAUAACAUCAUAUCAAAGAGUGAAACAUAUAUACAUUAUACAUAUAUAAAUAUAGAUCAUAUGGUUGUAUGGACUGAGUUCAAACAAUUUGGUACAAUGACUUUACAUGCUUUUGAUUGCCACUAGCGCUACUAGACUUUCAUCUGAAGCCGAGAGCGGAUCCCCAAAGGCAAGAGCAGCAGUGGACCAG